AGAUGAUUUCCAGGCUGCAGCUAAAGGAGUUUGGGUCGGCACCAAAGGCUUUUCCUUGUUCUGGAAUCAACUCUUGGACAAAUGAAAGACACUUCCAGUGCUGAACAUCCAGCACCUUUCCUGAUCCCUGAACUUCUCCCUUUGCUUCAUGCACAUUUAUUUAGAAGAAGAAAGUAGCGAGUGUCGACAGAUCUGUGCAGAUGUCUUUAAUCAGUUGCAAAAUGUGUAAGAAUGGCACAAAGAAACAUAAUAAAGUCAUGUGUUUUAUUUUAACACUCUUCUAGGGUCAAGAGCCAAAUUGUUUCGGCUGUGCUUGGUUCUUGAAGCUGUUACAGGAUCUUGCCAUAAGUUUUUCCAUGAUUAAGAGCCAUGCAAGAACAGAAAGUAGGGUUUGACCCAGUGUUUAAAUACUGUGAUUUGCAAGGGCUUUGAAGCUGCGCUGCCUUACAAUGAAGACUUAAGUAGUAAUUAAAUUCCCGAAGAUCCGCCAAGACUCCUCUGGCUGCGAUGGGGAUGUUCCGCGCCCGGGCUGCGGCGGCGCGGGGGGAAGGAUGUUUGAACAGGACUCCGUCAAAGCAGCGAAGACUUCUGUAAGACAUGGAUAGAUGCAAACAUGUUGGGCGGCUACGACUCGCCCAGGACCACUCCAUCCUGAACCCCCAGAAGUGGCACUGCGUGGACUGCCAGACCACGGAGUCCAUCUGGGCCUGCCUGAAGUGCUCCCACGUGGCCUGCGGGAGGUACAUCGAGGAGCAUGCACUUAAACACUUUGAAGAAACCAGGCAUCCGUUGGCAAUGGAAGUUAAUGACCUGUAUGUCUUUUGUUACCUUUGUGAAGAUUACGUCUUGAAUGAUAACCCGGAGGGUGAUUUGAAAUUGCUGAGAAGUUCUCUGUCAGCAAUUAAAAGUCAAAAGCAUGACCCGUCAGCAAGGAGUGGCAGGACAUUGCGAUCGAUGGCUUUGGGAGAGGACAUGUGCAGCCAUCAGAGGAGCCUUCAGGGACAGUCUCAGAUGCUUACAGCCCUCUGGCACCGGCGCCAGUCCUUGCUUGCGAAGGCGCUGCGGACCUGGUUUGAGAAGAGCUCCAGGGGCCAGCUAAAACUGAAAGAAAAGAAACAAAUGGAGGAGUUGGAGAAGAAGAAGGAGGCAGCGAGGCAGCGGCGGCGGGAGAUGAAGAGGCAGCUCCUGGAGGAGCUGGCAAACACUCCUCCGAGGAAGAGCGCGAGGCUGUUGUCUCACGUGCACAGAGAGAACUUGAUUCCAAGGAAAUUCAGGGAGGUGGCGACCGCUUCCCCUACCUCAAGGCAGAUGCAGAGCAGCAGAUUCAAACAGUUUUAUUCCAUCCGGCGUAAGCCUCUGAUGACUCCCGGGGUGACGGGUCUGAGGAACCUGGGAAACACAUGUUAUAUGAAUUCGAUUCUGCAAGUGCUAAGUCACCUCCAGAAGUUUAGAGAAUGUUUUUUGACACUUGAUCUCUGUGAAACAGAAGAACUCUUAGCUAAAACUGUGAAUGGGAAGUCUAGGAUGCCUGGCAAGUUGGCAAAUGGGUCUGCUGCUAAUGAGUCAGGGAAGACUGACAAAGUGGGAUCAUAUGGCACGCAGAGCUUGCCAGCUGGCUUAAAUGGUGGCUCCUCAAUAAGCAGGAGUUUAGAACUAAUACAGCCCAAGGAACCGAGUUCAAAGCACAUCUCCCUCUGUCACGAAUUGCACACCCUCUUCAGAGUGAUGUGGUCUGGCAAGUGGGCGCUCGUGUCUCCCUUUGCCAUGCUGCACUCUGUGUGGAGCCUGAUCCCGGCGUUCCGAGGGUACGAUCAGCAGGACGCUCAGGAAUUUCUCUGCGAGUUGUUGGAUAAAGUACAGCAGGAGCUGGAGUCGGAAGGAACGAAGCGCAGGAUCCUCAUCCCUUUCUCCCAGAGGAAGCUCACCAAGCAGGUCCUGAAGGUGGUGAACACCAUUUUUCAUGGGCAGUUGCUUAGUCAGGUCACCUGCAUAACAUGCAACUACAAAUCCAACACUGUGGAGCCCUUUUGGGAUCUCUCCCUGGAAUUCCCCGAGCGCUAUCACUCCAUGGAGAAGGGGAUUGUCCCUGUUCACCAGGCAGAGUGCAUGCUGACAGAAAUGUUGGCCAAGUUCACCGAGACCGAGGCGCUGGAAGGGAGGAUAUACGCGUGUGACCAGUGCAACAGCAAACGGCGAAAGUCGUCUCCCAAACCUCUCGUUCUGAGUGAAGCUAAAAAGCAGUUACUGAUCUACAGACUACCUCAGGUCCUCCGGCUGCACCUUAAACGAUUCAGGUGGUCUGAACGUAAUCACCGCGAGAAGAUUGGGGUCCAUGUCCUCUUUGACCAGGUAUUAAACAUGGAACCUUACUGCUGCAGGGACUCUCUCUCCUCUCUUGACAAAGAGACCUUUGUCUAUGACCUCUCCGCUGUGGUGAUGCAUCACGGGAAAGGGUUUGGCUCAGGACACUACACAGCAUAUUGCUACAACACAGAGGGAGGUUUUUGGGUCCACUGCAAUGACUCCAAACUGAAUGUAUGUAGUGUGGAGGAGGUGUGCAAAACCCAGGCCUACAUUCUUUUUUACACUCAAAGAACAGUGCAGGACAAAGCAAGAAUCUCAGAAAAACAACUCCAAGCUCAGGUGCCGUCCAGACAUAGUGAUAAGGACAGAAGACUGACAUUCCCAUGAUGGGGAGCUCUGUGACUCAACCAACAGUCUCAGUUUUCUUUACAACCAUUGGCGUUCACAUCUUUCCUCUUUGUGGGGAAAAAAAGGCUCGCUGCAGGAGGGGGAUCAGCUCAUGACAUUGGCCACCCAGGGUCUGGAAAAGCCUGUCGAGCUGUGCCAUUCUGACACGUAAGAUUGCAGGCAGAAUCUUGUUUAGAAAGCAUCUUGUCGUUCAACAUGCUCACAAAAUGAAAUCGGAAGGUUUGGUGCUGUGUGUAGCACUCAUCUCAAAAAGGAUUUGGGUAAGGCGUGUAACAGAUGAGCACAACCGGGAUAUUGAAGCAUUCAGCUGGCUUCAAAAACCUUCAGUACCUGGUAAUGCUGAUAAAACUCCAGAAGGAACAGGUACAGUACCCUCCCCUUUGAUUGCUGUUCAGAUUGCCAGGGUUUGAAACGCAGAUCACCCAGGUAUUUGUUGGGACAGUUGUUGGAUAGAUGGAGUUGACUGCCCUCAGAGCUGCUCUUGCUAGAGGAAUGUUAAAUGUCCUUCCACCAGGGAAAAUACUCCCCCGGGGCCUCAGCGAUCUCUGGGAUACCAAGUUCUUUGCCAUCAGUUGAGGGCAAACCCAUGGUGGGCAAGCUUUGUCAGCAGCUCUUCUCCUCAGCGUUUCUGGGGCUGUGUGUGCACUCGAUGGUUUGUUCUCUGGGCUGAACUGAACCGGCAGCUAAAUUCACUAGGAAUGUGAUUUGAAAACAGUUCUGCUCUGGAGAAAGUAUGUUUAAAACACAAACCCCUGUAAUAAACCGGGAAUGUA